UUUUCCUUUCUCAAUUCUCAUUGCGACCCUUUCAUACGCCAAAAGCAAAAGGGAAAGAAGAGAGUGGGGGGAGAGAGCGCGAGAAGAGUUUUCUACCGCAUUGCUUCUUGCCUUGUUGGCUCAUUUUCCCUCUUAUUCUUUAUUUUAUCUCCUAUCUAUAUCUCUCUCUCCCAAAUUCCGGCUACGGAGUAUGGCAGACAAGAAUCCUAAUGAAGCUACCAGUUCAAGUGGACAUACACCUGAAACUUCUGAUGCUUAUGUUGAGCUCAAUAUCAAGACUCUGGAUUCUCAAGUUCACAGUUUUCGUGUCCGAAAAAAUAUGUCAGUACCUUCAUUCAAGGAACAAAUUGCAAGUGCAGUUGGUGUGCCUGCAGUGCAGCAACGACUAAUUUUCAGGGGAAAGGUCCUCAAGGACGAUCACUUGCUUUCUGAUUAUAAUGUGGAGGAUGGGCAUACACUGCAUUUGGUUGUAAGACAGCCAGUGCAAUCACAAUCUCCUGCAGGAACUGGGUCUGCCACCACUGCGAGUCUUAAUGUUGAUCAGUCAGGUAGUGAACCCACAGCAGGUGGCUCCCGCACCAGGACUGGACAAAUUUCACACAGUGUAGUCCUUGGGAGCUUUAAUAUUGGCGACCAAGUUGAAGACAUUGUACCAGACAUUUCACGGAUCAUUGGAGCUGUCCUUAAUUCUGUUGGGCUUGGAAAUUUAUCUGCUGCAAAUGGGGCUAGUAGCAACCAGAUUCCAAAUAAUAAUGCUCCUGAUCGAGGUGCUCAGGGCGGUGAAAGUGAUGGAUCACGUGCAACUGGUAGAGGGAGGGAGGAGACAGCGAACCAAAUUCCACAUGGUCCAACUCCUGCCAAUACCACAUCUCAGUUUUUACCUCAGUUUCGUCAACUACUGUCAGGCGUGGCUGCAGUUCCUUCACAAUCUCUGGUUAUCCCUGACUCGUUAACCACAUUGUCAGAGUUUAUUAGUCAGAUGGAGCUGAUGCUCUCUGCCUAUGGCAAUCAUCAUCAAUCAACUUCUUCCACUAACAGGGAAAACACACAACCUUCAGAUAAUUCAUCUUCUCAGUCAAGGGGGUUACCAACUCCUGAAUCAUUGAGUUCUGUUAUACGCAGGGUGCAACAGUUACUUGGUGGACAUGCUGGAGCAGCACUUUCUCAUAUUGCUGAACGCAUAGAAGGACAAAGUGCUGUUACUGAUCCAACUGUACGCAAUCAAAUCCAAGCUGAAGCGGUCCACCUUGGGAUUGCUAUGCAGCAUUUGGGUGCUCUGUUUUUAGAGCUUGGACGAACAACUCAAAUGCUGCGUAUGGGACCAUCUCCUGCAGAAGCAAUUGUCAAUUCUGGUCCAGCAGUUUAUGUAUCACGUCAUGGACCGAACCCUUUGAUGGUUCAGCCUUCACCGUUUCAACCCAGUUCCCUUUUUGGCACAAAUUCAGUUAUUCCUGUUCAGUUGUCUUCUGCUUCACCUGCACAACUCAGUCCCUUGGACAUAUCAAGGAACAUCAAUAUACACAUACAUGCUGGGACAUCAGCAGCCCAAGGAUUGUCGUUGGCUGGUGCAAGGGCAACAGGUGAAGUAUCUAAUACGCAAGUACAAAAUGCCGAACAAGCAAACCCAACUGCAGCCAACUCUGCUGAGCGUCGAGAUCCAGGACCAGCACGACUUUUGCCCAUUCGAACAGUAGUCGCUGCUGUUCCUGCACGCCCUGCUGAAGCACCAAAUCAUGUUUUGAGUUUAUUCUAUCCAAUGCAUGCAAGGUCUCAACAGACAAGCAUCCCUCAGCAGACUACUGUUAAUUCAUCAGCUCCUGGACAAGGACCCAGUACAACAGUUUCUGGAGGAGCAGAUUUUGUUACAAGUACUGGCUCUUCACAGCAGCUCACUGUUACAUCUCAGGCUGAAAUGCAUGUUAGAGGUGUUGAUGGUGAUCCAAGUUCUGGAAGUCAUUCAGGUGGAUCUAGCUCGACAACUGCUGAUGUAUCACAUUCAGCUAGGAUGCCUCAAGUCCAAGAUGCAGAUGUGGUAAACUCAGCUAAUCGAACCGUGGCAAGUUUGAAGCCUGGGAGUUCGGAGCAUGUCUUGGAAUCUUGUGUCCCCAGAGCAGAGCAUGUAGAGGUUCCAGUAGUAAACCAAUUUAAUAAUUCUGACAACAUGGAUAGAAGGAUGAAUUCAACUUUUGCUGCAUCCAUUGGCCGUCCAGAAGAAUCUACAUAUUUUUCCACUACAGAUGAAGCAAUUCAUCAAAAGUCAGACUGUGAAAUGACUAAGAAAGUUUCUGUCCCAACAUCUGAUCGUUCUCGAGAUGCUUCUCGUGAUAAAGCAGUUCCUUUGGGGUUAGGUCUAGGUGGAUUGCAGCCAUUACCUUCCAAGAGGAAAAGUAGGACAUUAAAGCAGCAAAAAGUGGAUGGUCAGGCUAGCAAUUCGGCAUCUUCAAGUUAUAGCCAGGAUACUAUGUCUCGAGGCCAAAGCAUUCUCCGGUCGCUCGUUUCUGAAGGUCAAUCUGGCACAGCAAGAGCUGAUGCCAAUGGCUCAUCGUUGCGGUCACCCUCGUUAGUUGGUCAGUUGUUUGACAAAAUGUCUUCAGAGCACGUUGCUGGUAGUGGACAAGCUGAUGUGACUAGCAUGAUGUCUCAAGUACUUAGUGAUUCUACGUUCAACAACCUUCUUUCUGGGAUUUCAACGCAGGCUGGUGGUGUUUCUCCAGAUGUUUUUAGGAAUGUGCUGGGCCAAUUUGCUUCUAGUCCUUCAGUAAGAAAUGCAUUUGAACAAGUUGUUCAUCAGGUUGAUGACCAAGAUGUUGAGAAGAUGCUUUCUGGCUUAGGAGCUGGGCAAGGCAUUGAUUUUUCAAGAAUGUUUCAGCAGAUGUUGCCUGUUGUAACAAAAGCUUUGGGUGGUAUGUCAGCCUCAUCUGUGCCGCUUCAUGACAUUUCUACUGGCUUUCAAGCUGCAGUUGAAGAUCGUCGUCCCCACGCGAUGGAGCACGAACUGAACAAUUCUCAGAUUGAUAUGCAGGACACUGCCCGGCUAAUUGAGUCACAUAGUUCACCUGGAGCUGUAUUCCGUGCAAUGGUCACCAAUGCUGGUGGCUUGUCUGGAAUUGGAGUUGAUGAUUCAGGUCUUAUUGAUGACCUGUGUACCGAUGAACUUGCGGAUGAAUAUAUGCAAAUGCUUUAUGGCAGUCUUCGCCGUCGUUUGGAUUCAGAAGGCAGGUCGGAAGACGGGUCAUGACAUUGCCAACAUGUGCUUGCCCGCUUCUUGGAGUUCUAGAAUGAUACAUUGUGUAACAAAUGUGUAUUUAGUGGCAAAUAUUCGCUGUGUUAGGCCAUUGAAACGUUACCCCUGCUUGCAGCUGAAGUAUGUCAUUUUUGUGAUAAUGUAUAAUUAAUAUAUUAAUGCAGCUCAAUUCAUUUUAUCAA